CUCCGACCUUGACACAGUGACAUCCGUCGACUUGUAAAAGCCGUAACAGUUCACUAAACUAAAAUAUCACGCAUUAAUCAUCCAUUGCCGUAAAUGCGCACCUGGCGCUUGAUUACGAACCAGAGCCGCCGAGUGGUUCACAUGAUCUCGGUGAACCAAUCGAAGAUGGCCGUACCAUGUAUUUAAUCGGAUGCUACUCCAGACGUCAGUUUUUGUCGGAUUUUACCCAGGAGUCAUGUCCCAAAACCAAAUAUACUAUUCUAACAGAUACAAUGACGACUUGUACGAAUAUAGGCACGUUGUCCUACCUCGAGAGAUGGCGAAGUAUGUCCCACGGUCCCACCUGAUGACUGAAGACGAGUGGAGACGACUGGGUGUGCAGCAGUCCCAAGGCUGGAUCCACUACAUGAUACACGAGCCAGAGCCGCACAUUCUCCUGUUCCGACGCCCCAUCUCCAAGAACUGACCGCUUAAAGGAUGCCUUGAUUUUUAAAGAUUUCAUAACGUCAUAGUCCUGCCCCUGAGGCCAAACACUCAUGCCUUGAUGUGGUCUCACGGCUCGAGGCUUUAAUGGGAGGGAGCUGCGUCAGUUUUGUCAACACACAAUUAGCCAGAUGCCUUAUUUAUCUUUUUAUUGUACUUUUUUUGACCGUUAAAUUGUUAUGAAGAAUAUUUUUUUCCACAUGAAUUUGUCAAAUUUUGAAUAAAAAAUGUGUUAAAAUGAGGCCAUUUAAUGAUCCGUUACCAACAUUUGCCGCUAGAUGGCGCCGGUGUAAGAUUUAUGAAUCUGGCUCUAAUUCCAUUUUCACUUAACACCGUUUGGUCCUUAACUUUUGUGAUUGUAAUGCGUUUCCAGUGUACACUGGUAAACAACAAAAAUGAAGCACCAUUUCAUCAAAAGCGUUAAAAUGAUUUGAACUUUUAAGACCACCUGAUUCGAUUUGUCUUUUCAUAGUUUGCCCCCAAAGCGUUCACAACUUCAUCCAGACAUGUCAAGAUUAAGUUUUAUUAUUUUGACUGCAAAACGAGCACAAGGUUCCAGCAUAGAGAUGCUUUGCAUUCAGUUUUACUGAAAUGAGAAUAUAUACACAAAAAUUGAGGACACAUUUCCACUGCACAUGGUUGUCUUGACUGUCUUCUGGACCAGCAGAUCCUUUCAAACAGAUGUGAAUAAAAGCUCCACAAGUGACACAGCUCAUCUCUGUUUCGAUGUCACAAAUGAGGCUGACACCAAGAAAGUGGGUUUCAAGUCUUCAGUGGCCAUCACAGCUUUCCUGUUAAACACAAGUGAAUGAACUUGUGUCACGUUACUUCAUAAA